AUUAACUCUCUACUGUUGUGUUUCAUAAUUCACAUUUGAAUUGGGUGAUGGCGGCUUAUGGUGCUUCGAUUUCUCUGAGGAAUACGAUCAAGUCUAUUCUACUAUCGUCUCGCGUUUCGCUAGUUCCUCCUUCUCCACAAAUCUUAAUAUCGGCUUUCAAGGCCAUGUUGGGCGUCCAGACAGCUUUCCUAAAAUUGGAGGGGACCGGGUACAGCAAGAUCAGGACGAAGGUGAAUGCUUUGGAUGAACGGAUCAAAGAGGAAAUAUGGGAAUUCGAAGAUUUACUCGAAUCUCAUUUCUAUGAUCAGAUUCUUCCUCAAAUCGAAAGCGAGAGAGAUCACUUCCCUUUCUCUGUAGAUCUGCAGAGUCUGCAACAGAGUCUUGAUUGCUUAGUGGAGAGGUUGGCCGCGAUGGAGGUGGAGUACAAUGAUGAACUGUUGAAUAUGCCUGAAGAAGAAGGCGAACCUAUUUCCUCGAGAAUUGAUUUUUGUGGAAUCAACUCGGAGAUGGUUGGAUUAUCUGAUCAAUUUGUGCAAGUCAAAGAUGAUCUUCUUGCAGAAGAUAAAGGGAUUUGGUUAUCGCUUGUUGGGAUGGCAGGUGUUGGAAAGACAACCCUUGCGAAGAAAGUAUUUGAUGAUCCAUUGAUUCAGAGACAUUUCGAGCUUCGAGCAUGGGUCAAAGUGGGGAGAAGAUGUGAAUCCAAUGAACUACUACGAUGCAUUCUGGCUCAAGUGGAUCCCAGCACUCGUGAGCAAAUGCUUUCCGAAGGAGAGGAUGUUGAUGAUGAGGCAUUAGGUGGACUCUUGGAGGAGAGAUUGAAGGAUAAGAAAUGUCUCGUUGUCUUAGAUGAUGUAUGGGACAUAAAACAUCUCAUACGGGUAAUGGAUAACGUGCCACAAGAGAAUGUUCAGAUCUUGCUCACGAGCAGGCUGGGAAUUGAUCUAUUUUCGUUUGUAAAAGUACGCUUGUUGGAUGUAGAAGAAAGUAAGAAAUUACUUGGUGAGAAGGUGUUCGGUGAAAAUGGUUUCCCUUUUCACCUUGAGGAAUUGGGAAAGAAGAUUGCACUAAAAUGUGAAGGUCUUCCACUUAUGAUAGUCACGGUUGCAGAGCUUCUGUCUGAAGAAGACAAGACCACAGAAUGCUGGACUGAAGUAGUCGAGAAGCAACACAAUCCAAUCUUCGUGGAUGCAUAUGAGCAGAUAUAUGAGGCAAAUGAGAGAGCAAAAUGGGUCAGAUGCCGUAGUAUCCCUUCACUUGAUCAAUUGUAUUGCUAUGUUGUUUUCUGA